AUGCUCGACCGCUCCAAAAUCGUGAUAUAUUUCUACUUUCUGAAAAUUAUCUCCACAUGUGUUGAUCAAAGUCCAUACUGUAAUGAGAAUGAUUGUAAAGUUCGACCUGGAUAUUCGAUGGUUUAUUGUAAGAAAACUUGCGGGGAUUGUGUGGAAUUUUGUGAGGAUUCGAAAUAUAUUAAUUGUGAUGUUGAGAGGAGGAAAGACUGUGAUGAUAUGUUGACGGAUUAUUGUCCGAAGCUUUGUGGAAAGUGUCAGAAUCGACCGAAGAGGACCAGUAAGUUGUCUGCCCUGCGGAAGCUUUGACCUACAUUUCUUCCAGAAACCAUUCCCGUCACUCAAACACUAACGCGCAAAAUCGCUCGAAAACCCGCCCAAAAAAUGCUGCCCAACGGCACUUUCAUCAGUCCACCUCUUCCAAAUUAUCAACAAUUUUCCGAGAAUCAAAAUCAUCAGAAUAAUGAAAAGGAAAACGCGGCGAAGAAAAUCGACGAGGCACUUUUUAUGCAUUUUGAGGAUUUCCUGCCGCAACCUCAACGAAUUUGGCCCGAGCCUGAGCCGAUGAGAAUUCAGCCGAUCAAUGUUUUUCAAUCGCAUUCUUCUUAUCAACCAGUUUUUCAGUAGUGAGUUUGGGGGGAUUUUUGAACUACAGAAUUUUUGGAUGAAAAUUUUGAAUUUAAAAAUUCCUGAUUUUUUUUUUCAAAAUUUAAUUCAAAUCUGUUUUUGAGCAGAAAACUCGGAUCAAAAAAUUUCUAACAAAAACAAUUGGAUCUGAUUUAGAUUUUUGAAACUUCAAUCAGACAUUUUCGAACUACAAUAUUUAUAGCUGAAAAUUUUAAACUAAAAAAUUCCUGAAAAUUUUUUCUUUUGAGCUGAAGCCUCGGAAUUUUACAAAUUUCUAGAGCCAAAAUUUUCUAGAAUUAUUUUCAAAAAAAAAUUGAAUCUGGUUCAGAUUUUUGAAAUUUCAAUCAGACAUUUUCGAAAUACAUUAUUUUUGGAUAAAAAUUAAAAAAAAAUUUUAAUUAGUAUCUUUAGCUGAAAAUUUAAGCUAAAUUCAAAUUUUUUCAGCAUUUUUUAAAUCUACUCCAGUAGUUACAGUAUCCCAUUGGGCCAUCCAAACGAAAUCAAAUUCAAUAGUUUGGACCAUAACCCACUAGUGGAACCCUACUUAUCACCUUCCUUUGAAAAACCAUCUACAACUUCUACAACUUCUACAACAACCACAACCACACUUCCACCCUUCACAACUCAAAGCCCAAAAAUGAUGGCAAAGCUGAUAACUCUUCUGGGAUGUAAGAAUAGAGAUGAGAUUGUUUGCAGUCAAAUUACAGCUGAAACUUGUGUCUCAAGGCCUGGUUAUUAUUUGAAACUUUGUCCGGUGACUUGUAAGAACUGUAGUGGUAGGUUGAUUUUGGCCCAAAAUUUGAUAAAAUUUUAUUUCGGCCUAUUUAAUUUCUAUUUUAGGCCUCCAAUGCAUAGAUUCAAUAAAAAUCGAUUGUGAAGAAGUCAAAUCGCAAGGUGCUUGCAAACUUUCAGUUGCUCAUGAAUAUUGUCCUCGAACUUGUGAAUAUUGUCAGCCGCCGAAUGAUCUAAUCGAUACGAUGUCGGUGUGUAAAGAUGAAUUGGAUACGUGUGAAGAGUUGGCGAAGAGUGGAGCUUGUGAGCAGGAUUUUAGGUGGGUGAAUAAGAAGCUGAGGGUUAAGGAUCAGCGCCUAGAGAUCUCAUUCCUUCAGGAGCCACGCCUAGAGAAUCUAGGUGUCAAGUAGCCAAGCCUAGACACCCUGCUUCUCAAGCAGCCACGCCUUGGCACACUUUUUAACUCUAUCCUUUGUUCCAGCAAAUCCGCCCUGCGACUUUACUGCGCAAAAAGCUGUGGCUUUUGCAAAUCACCUCAAUAUUAUUUCUCCGAUUCGCCUCUGCUUUCAACACUGGUUUCGAUGAAAAAAAUGAACUUCAAAACUAAAAAACAUUUUCUACCGGGAUGA